CAUAUAAAUCAAUGUGACCGUCACUCUUUGUCUUAUUUUCAAUUUUUACGUAAAUAUUUCCUCAUUUAAAACCUACUUCAGAGAAAUAACUUGUAUAUCGAAUGAGUGUAAAAGAAUAUGUGUCUGCUGUGCAACUAAUGGUUCAAAAGCUCCACCCUGUUACUAUGACACGGCCAAGUGUCUGCAGCGUAGAAUCAUUUGUACGAGUCAACAAAGAAGACAUCAGAUAAAGGACAGGCGGCAGAAAAACACCUGGUGAUUUACACAAGAUUUCUGCCUUAAUGGAUGUGCCACACACACUGUGUUCUCUGCCAUGGGGGACGUGAGGUAAGAACUUUGCUCUGUCAAUACGUAUGUUUCAAGUCUGAAUAGAAACUAUUGAUCCAUAUGUUUGUCUGUGUGCUUUAACGAUGAAAUCUUGACUUGUCUGUGCCAUAAAGCUACAAGUGUGUUAAACGACACAUCGAUGUAAGCCUGAUAGUGUGUGGGACAUUUACAAUGGUUCUAAUUCACAUUAUUAGCAAUAAUGAUGUCCUAUUGUGUUAUCUAGUCUUGUCCAUACUGUAUGUGUAAUGCGCAUAUUACAUUUCAAUCAAUUUAGUUCCACACAACGUCUCCAAAUUAGUAGUAAAGCAAGAAACCUAUUGAAAGGUGCACGGGUGGGACUUUGUAACUAAUUACCUAUAAGUGACCAUUUGUCUAAUGAGUCUUGUUUUUAAAGUAAUACUCACGUGUUCCAUCAACAGGAAGCUGCUGGAGGAAGAAGUUGAUACAUACAACAAAACAAGAUGGCAGAGCCCAUCCUGAUCACCAAUCUGACACAGGAGUGGGUGGCGAGCCUACGUAGGUGGCACCUGGAGCUCUUCUUCAUCCCCACCACUGUAGUCACACUCGCCACCAUGCUGGUGAACCCCGUCCUCAUGGCAUGCAUCCUGGUGUCGCGUGCCUUACGGCAGGAGACACGCUACAUGCUGGUGGCCAACAUCCUAGCGGCGGACAUGCUCUUCCUCACCCUCAACCUGGCCACUGCCAUCCUCAAUGCUGCAAAGGCCGAGGUGCCCUGGCUGCUGUGUGAGUUGGUCACCGCCGUCACCGUCACGGCCUACUGCUGCGCCAUUCUCACCGUCACCCUCAUGGUGGUGGACACCUAUGCCGCCGUGCGCUGGCCGCUGCAUUACCACGAUCUUCUCCCGCCUGCUCGCACCCGCAGAAUCCUGCUGGGGGCUUGGCUGCUGGCGGCGACGUACCCCUUCACCCUGGUCAUCCUCAUGGAAGUGGAGAAGGGGAAUCCACAGGAGAAGGUGGCCGUGUGCCUCGUCCUCAUUUCCCUGGGCAUUGUUCAGGCCAAAAACAUGGCAGGGAUCCACAUCUACUUCUUUGUCGCCGCUGUCAUCUGCGCUGUGCUCAUCUUCUACUGCUACAUCCGCCUCUACAUGGUAACCAGAACCCAAGGCAUCUGGCAGAACCGCUUCUCCAGAGCACGCAUCACUCUGUUGGCCCACGGGGUUCUGCUCUUGCUUUACUUCACCCCUGGCUUUGUCUUCACCCUGGAGCUCCUGCUGUUUCAGAGCAAAGACGUCAGUCAAGAUGUUCGAGUGUGGGUGAGCACGGUCAACAUGUGUGUGUUCAUGUUGCUGCCCAGGGCUUUUGCUCCUUACCUGUACGCCCUGCGCUACCACGAGAUCUCUGAUACACUGCUGCAGCUGCUGCACCGAAGACUCAGCCACAUCACUGCAACUUAGGCGUCCUUUUAACUCAAGCACAACUUCACUGCCUU